CAAAUACUGCGUUUGUUUAGAAAAGAGCAGGAAAAGUCAGAGUUCCAUCCCAUGGGAAUCGGCGCUGUGGAGCGUUCCUGUGUUCUACGUUAUGUAAAGAUGUAGUCAACACUCUGGGGAUUUUAAUGCAACACGGAGGGAUCAUGUGAUGGAGGAGUGACACGCACACAUCGGUACGCGGAACUUCACGGCCCACCUGUCUGUCCUGCAGCGGGACAGCAGCUCCUGUCAGCAGGAUCCGCCGCACAGCAGCGCUGCGCUCACAUCUCCGUGCGUCCAGCCAUGAGCAGCACCGCGCUACGGACUGCGCCACUAUGGCACACAGAGUAACCCGGACAGCACCGCAGGACCCCGCAGACAGGCUCCGAGCCGGUGUGGAUUACCACAGAACAGGGACGCCUGUACUUUGUUUGUGACAUUCACGUCCAUGACCGGGAGGACGAGCAAACUCGGCAAAGAUGGAAAAUUGUGGUGGAGGCAGGAGACGUCGGCUACCCAGCAUCACCUGAAGAACUGGAAGGUGAUGCUGUGGGUGGUGGCUUCAUUGCUGACUCUGGUGGAAGAUGUAUUUUCUAAGGAGGACAACAAAGAUGCUCGGUCAGACCUCCAACAGUCCUCCUGGCCUCCUGCAGAGCAUCUGGAACAGGACAGCAGUGUCCACUCACCCUGGCCUCAGGCAUUUGAGGAGUGGUUACUGAUGCAGAAGGAGGAAAUCCAGCAGGGCAGAUGGCAGCGCUCCCCUCGUGACCCAAACUUACCCAGAACAUCAAGGAGGACCCACAAGAAGGCCAAGAGCAGCCGUGACUGCCAUCUGGAGAAGAAGGAGAUGCGGGUUCGGGAUCUUGGCCUCGGCUAUGACUCAGACGAGAUAGUCCUCUUUAGGUACUGUGUUGGUACAUGUUAUAGUUCUCGGAAGAACUAUGAUGUGGCCCUCAAGGCUCUGAUGAACAACGGGAGAAUCUCCAGCAAGAAAGUCAUCAGUCAGCCCUGCUGUCGACCCACCCGCUAUGAGACUGUGUCCUUCAUGGACGCUCAGACUACCUGGCAGACAAUUAAGUGGCUCUCAGCAGCCAACUGCAGCUGUGUGGGCUGAUUGCAAGGAAGAGAGUCUAUCUGCAGAACACAUACACGGAUAAGCUCUUAUGCGAAGAGCAGGAUGCUCUCUGUAGGAAGGGACUUAAUCCAGGUUCAUGUGGUCUCAGGCAGGGGCCUGGGAUGUGAUCCACAGUGCAAUGGCCAAGUGUUCACUCCACUCAUAGCUGGGCUGUUGGUAGUGGAGCUUUAGAUAGCGUUGGAGGCUGAUGACGGGUCAUCUGGAUGUCUGCCCCCAGUCAGGGGCAGAAGAGGGUUUCAUUAUUAGCCACCAGCAAUAAGCAGAGUGGAGCAAACUAGCAGUUUAUCCAGUCCAUGGUGGUUUAGACUCUGUGCCCUUCAUUCAGCCUAUUUAAUUCAGGCGAUGCAGUGCUCUGUAGCAGUAACGUUGGAGGUCCUCCACCCUUUGGCAACAGAAGCCCUGAGUUGUCGAUUACAUUCGUAAAUGUGCAGCUCAGUUAUCUCACCAAAGUUCAUUACGGUUAAUUGUUACCUUCUGUUUCAUUUUUGAGUUGGAGGUGAUGAUUUCAACAGUAAAUGAUUCAGCAGUUUAGCUGAUGUGUUUACUGUUCCUCAAGUAGAUGCCAGUAUUACGAAAGGCAAACUGUAUCUGACUGAAACAUACAGACUCCAGUAGGUAUGAAGGGUAACUUAAUUUGUGUUCAAAUAUUGUUAUUUUUGGCCAGUUAAUAAACCAAAUUGGCCUUAUUAUUACGUAUCCUAAGAAUUUUAAGGAAUCUUAAAUUUACCCAAAGUCUAAAAAUCAAAAUCCAAAGUUCAAAAUAUUUUGACACGAAUUACCUUGCAUAUUUAUUUUGAAGGUACUAUUUCCUAAUUUAGGCUCACGUAUAAAUGCUUCAAGGAAAGCAAAAUGUAGAUUAGUAGGUAUGAAUGACUUGGUGCUUACACAUUUGUCAUGUUUACCCUUUAUACUGUAUGCUGAACAACAAACUAAACUUUAAAUCAUUUGUAAUACGGACUUUCUCCUCAAUUAAUAACAGCCUUGUCACUCAGAAUGUUUCAGCAAAAUGAAAUCCCUUUUGUCUGAACUACUGCUUAAGUCAUGAAAGAUCUAUUUUUUUUCUUCUUGUGUGUUAUAUCACUGCAAUACAACAAUCAACAGCCCAACCUAAAAUAUAAAUGCAGUUUUAGAAGUUGCACACAUUGGCAUACAAGCAUAGUGAUACAUUACAUCACUGACAUUAUCUUAAAGCAAGAAUUUCUUCAGGACCCAGUAAUCACAAUAUUUAAAAAAAAAGAUCAUGUGGGUAUAAUGAGACUAUUUUUUGUUCAUUUAAACACUACUCACUUACUGUA